GAUACUUGCCGGAGUGAAGGUGGCGAACGGGUACCAGUCUAUGUCAAGUACCCAUUCCGAGAGUACUGAGUUACUAGUGAUAUUUUUAAUUUUCUUGUUUUCUACACCACGAUGAUUACUAGGAAAUUCGGAGCUAUACGUGUAUAAACUCGCCCCACCAAACAUGAGCGACGACGAUGACAGGGAUGUUGAUGUAGAGACCGAUGAGGAAGAUGUAGGCAUUGGUGAUUCUGAAGCAUUUGAUCACGGUCGUUCAUUGGCUGGAUCACCCGAGUUUCAAACGCAGGCAGAGAAGAGAGCCCAUCACAAUGCCCUCGAGAGAAAUAGGCGUGACCACAUCAAGGGAAGCUUUCAUAGCCUGAGAGAUUCAGUACCAUGUAUACAAGGAGAAAAGGCAUCCCGUGCACAGAUCCUGAGCAAAGCCACAGAGUACAUAGAUAAGAUGAAAAGGAUAAAUAGUAUUCAUCAAGACGACAUUGAUGAAAUGAAGCAGCAGAAUCAGCUUCUUGAAGCCCAAGUGCACAUGUUGGAGCAUGCAAAGGUGGGUAAGGUGGUCAGCGAGAGUAGUCCUGUAAAUGGAGCUACAGUUAUUAAUAGAAAGGGCAUCACCAUGUCUGUGUUUGAUGGUGGUUCCGACUCGGACACUCAGGAUCUGCAGGAAAGGCCCGCACAUAGAAAGAAACUAAAAACAAGUGUCUAGCAUAAUUUGCGAAAUUAUGAGUCUGUAAAUAGAUUGUUAUUAUUCCUGCUAUUGUUGUUACUGCAGCUGUUGUUGUUUUUCUAUAACAGUUUUCUUCCGUGCAUAUUGGCAGCGAAUAUUGUCAUUUAUUUUUAAUUGCAUUGACGAUGCUUAAGGUUAUCAUAUCACGUUAGAUAGUAUGGCUAGCCAGGUGCACCAUAAAACUAGGUGAUAUCUUACCUGAGUUUUUGUAUUCAGUGCACUAAAAUAUACAAUACAUACAUAGCCAAGCCUGUAUAUUAGGUUCAGGGGAACUGGAAAGUUUUCUGUGUAGACAAGUUUUCAUUCUAUAGAGGUGGUCUCACUGUAUAGCGGCCACUCAAGGGAACUGCCAACAGUGUGUUUAUAAGCAGAAUUCUGUCUGUAGAUGUGUCUGCUAACACAGGUCUAGCUGUAUAUAUAUUAGGUAGUAUUUACUGUAUCACAUACGGAUUGUGACCCUUUUCGAAUAAAAGUUUAAUACUUCAUGUAUAUGUAAA